UUGGUCCGUGGUCGUAACUCGUAAGGAAACUGUGUGGUCGUCAUUUUGUAUAUAAUUCGUAAGAAUUAUUAAAUGAAGGUGCUUUAGGUGUUUAUUUUAUGCUAAAAUUGUAGGAAAUAAAUUUUAAAUAAUGAUCUUGCUAGAGAUCAACAAUAGAAUAAUAGAAGAAACCUUAACUGUUAAAUAUAAAAAUGCACUGGCGCGCUUAAAACCAGAAUCAAUUGAUGUAACUGUAGCAGACUUUGAUGGAGUACUAUUCCACAUAUCCAAUGUCAAUGGGGAUAAAACCAAAGUUAGGGUUAGUAUAUCAUUGAAGUUUUACAAGCAAUUAGAAGAGCAUGGAGCUGAUGAAUUAUUGAAAAGAGUAUAUGGGCCGCUUCUUACGGAGCCAGAGACGGGUUAUAAUGUAUCAAUCUUAUUGGACUUGGAGAAUAUCUCCGAUGAUUGGGAAGAUGUAGUGAAGAAGGUUGGCUUGCUGAAGAGAAAUUGUUUUGCAUCCGUGUUUGAGAGAUACUUUAGGCUGCAGGAAGAUGGUGAUGUUAGUCACAAGCGAGCUGUUAUCAAUUAUCGCCAGGAUGAAACUCUAUACGUAGAAGCUCAGGAGGAUAGAGUUACGGUGGUGUUCUCGACGGUAUUCAGACAUGAAGAUGACAUGGUUAUCGGGAAAGUGUUCAUGCAAGAGCUCAAAGAAGGAAGGAGAGCUUCCCAUACUGCUCCACAGGUGCUAUUUUCUCACAAAGAGCCUCCAUUAGAACUUGUAGAUACAGACGCGAGAGUGGGAGAAAACAUCAGUUAUGUUACAUUUGUAUUGUUCCCGAGACACACUUGCGAGGCGGCGCGAGACAACACCAUAGACCUACUACACAUGUUCCGCGACUAUCUCCACUACCACAUCAAGUGUUCUAAGGUGUACGUGCAUUCCCGCAUGCGUGCUAAGGCGGGGGAGUUAUUGAAGGUGCUGAACAGAGCGCGGCCGCAGUCCACUACCAGGCCAACUGAACGGAAGACGAUCUCGGGACGAACGUUUGUGAGGCGAGAUUGAUUAAGAGUGGCCCCGUAAGCCGAGUGGCGUUGUUCCGUUGUUCAUCAAGUAACGUGUACUUUCCGAUAUUCUCUACAAUACAAUACACUUAUUACGAACAAACAGGCUGUAAAAGCUCAUUUAUAUACAUUUAUCGCAUUGGUUUCUUUUAUAUGUUGCUCCUACAUCUUUCAAAAAUGUUAAGGCUGUGGACUGAGCCAAUGACCUUGAGGAAUCGAGCGAAGCUAGCUUACCUCCCUCGCACAAGAUCGCCUUAGUUUUAAUUCAGAAUUAGACACAUUUUUAAUUUAUUACAAACAUAAUACAGUUUUCUUUACAAAACUAAGUCGUGUUUAAUAGUAUUGGUGUACAAUUAAUAAAUUUUCGUAUAAUUUUUAUCUAGACUGAAUGAUUAGCAUGGCUCCAACUGAAAAAGUUAGGGGUUUUUUUUUAGUGAUUUUUUUCGCACUGUCUAUAAAUAAUAGAAAUGUAAAGAAAAAAUGUAUUUUUUUUUUGUAAAAAUAUGAGCUUUAUAUAAGCUGUCAUGAAAUGGUUUAUACCUUUCAUUGUUUAGCCACCCAGUCCGGCUAGCUCUUUCGUUAAAUACCGGCAUUUAAUGAAACGACUGAAAUACAUAUAGAUAGUUGUACGCCGUUUAGCCGUUUAGUUGAAGUGAAUAUUAAUGAAUUUAUAGUGUUGGACCGAGUUUGGUUAGGUUAUAUUAUGUUGAUAAAUGUUUGUUAAUUCUGUGAACAUACAAAUAUUAAUUGAAUGACGGAAUUUAAUGAGAUAGGUAGCCGUCCAGUUGACUGGCUGAUUAAAAUAGAUGAAUGCAAUGUUACAGGUGGCUAUUAAUUAAAAAAAGUUUAAACUAUUAAGCUUGUUGGUUUCGAAAUAAUUUUUUGUAAGAAAUUUAAUUGACACAUUACCUUUGAUCUCAAACUAUGUUCUUAAACCUGUCUCUUUAGUGAUACGUUUUGGAACUUAUUAUGCAAAUAUUUUAUAAAUACUGCAAUCGUAAAUUAGAUUAAAAAAGUGUUUUAAUAGCAAAAUAAAAUACCCCUUAAGUCAUGUCAAAAUUAAAAAAAAACUUAGACAUGAAAAAGUAUUGUGUAUAAAGUCCUUGUGCAGACUGCACAUAGACUUUAUAACUUACAGAUAGACCUCUCUUUUUAAUUAAUUAGUUGUUGUUUUUAAAUAGAAAAAUAAAUUAUUUUUAAAGUUGUAACUUAUUCAGUGCCUUUGGAGCUGAGGAAUUUUAAUAUGUCGACAUAAUGAUUGGUGUAUUUAAAUGAAUUUUAUAGUUAAAAAUAUACUUUACGCUUGUAAAAAAUAAACUCAUUUGUAGUUUUUUUUUAAAUAUUUAUUAUGAUAUGAAUGAGCUUUUAUGGUUGUUAAAAUGUAAAGGCACAUACACACUACACUUUUAAAUAAUUUAUCAGACUGUUUCAGUUUGGCAUGUAUCUUAAUUUUCUGUCAUGCAGAUCAUGCUAAAUAUAUUAUUAUAUUAAUUGUACAGACGUGUAUUUAUUAUUAAAUUACGAAGCAAUAUUUUAAUGUUAAGAUUGUAUCGGAAUGAACUUGUUAUGCAGAGUUGAUAAAGUCGACAAUGUGCUAAUUUCUUAAUCAUUUCAUGAUAUAAAUUUAAUCCCUGAACUGUCACAAAGUACUCUAUUAUAUUGAAGGUAACUUGGAAAAAAUGGUUCCAAUUACAGUAAUCCUCCCUAUUACGCCAUUGCAUAUUCCCCCAUAUAACGCUAGGAUUACCCACAUACCUUUUUUAUGUACUGUAAAGUUUAUAAUGAUUUGUACAUUUCCUAAUAAGCUUCUCGUGCCUUUGCACGUGUGUCGAUUGUGUUAAUACGAAUUUAAAUUAUUUUAUUAAAUUUGUGUAUUAAAAACCUUAAUAAAAUAUUAAAACUAGGCAAACAAGUGGGAAUACUUAUUACGAAUUUUGACUACUUAUUGUUAUUAGAAAGAAAGAAAAGAAAGAAUUAGGAAUUACGAGGUAGUAAACACGCGUUAUACAAGUAUAUCGCGUUUUCCUAUAACGCAGAACCAUUCUACCGCGUUAUAGCGAGGAUUGUCUGUAAUUUGAAUUUUUAUUUUGUUCAAUUCAACACAAAACACGUAGGGUAGAUGACUAUUUCGCUGUAUUUUGUAAAUAAGAUAUUUAACAAAUUAACCUGGACAAAAUAGUACUUAGUACCAAACUUGAAAUUUUUGUUAUUACUAAUAGUCACACUUAAAGCACAUCAAUAGCUUAAAGCAGUGUUUCUCAAACAUUGUUCUGCCAUUGCACGGUAAUUUUCACAUUGCCUCUUUAUGGCCCACAUAAUACUUUUAAACCCAAGCUGGUUCCAUUAGGUAAAAUAAUACAAAUUUAUGGAUAGUAAGAGGGUUAUUAAUAGUAAAAAGCGGUGAGCCCAGUUAGAGAUUUGCGUAUGAUUAACAUAGAAAUGUCAACAGUUUCAUUAUUUAUUCAUUCAACAGCAUUAUAAUACAAGCUCAAUUAAAUAUUACUGCCGCUUGACUUACAAGUACUACUUACUUUGUUGUUUUAGUGUCGGUUGAGUAAUGUUUUGAGAUAAACAACAAGGCUUUCUGUAAAUUGCAUGCGAUCGUCCCGCUGUAAAAAUUAUUUUACUAGCAAUAAGUUAUUUAAUAUUGUUAUUUAUUUCUAUACUUUGCUUCUGACGGUUGUCUACCCAAAUACUUUACAGUCAUUGUAAUGUAGGUAAUAUGAUGAAAAGUGAAUCAAAUUAAGUCCCGCACAUUGCCAAAUGUAAUGCUCCAUAAUCAAAAUACUUAAUAAUAUUCAGUGAAAUGUGCACAUUGUAAUUACAAUAAUUUCCCAUCGCAAAACUAACCUAGUGAUUUUUGUAUAAUUCGGUCGUGGGGAUAGAAAAUGUCGGUCAUUCAUGACUUUAGCUGUAGAAAAAAAUAUUUCAAUAAUGUAAAACCUCAAUAUAU